AUCUCAUUAAAAAUCCUACAACAAGCCAACAUGAAGUUUAUAUCUCUCCCAAUUGCUCUUCUUCUCUCUCUUGCUGCUGUAGUAGCUGCAUCUCCUGCCCCGAAAGUCUGUCACAAAGUCACCUGCCCUACUGAGAUUUUGAAAUCUUGCUGCUCUGCUCAGGGCGGGAUGGGCUAUUGCGCAGGAGGUAUCUGCUAUUGCGGAGACGGCUGUCUUUAAGUUACAUCAGGCUUGACUCAUCUUUGCGGAAUACCGGAUCGAUAUACAACGUUCAGUCAAUGAGGAGUAUCUUGAGGUCAAAUAUCUAUGAAAGAGGGGAACUUAUGUUACCAUUGAUUGCAGCAGAAUAGCCUAGUAAUUGCUGUAAUCUGCAUUAGAUGUAUAUUCCCUUAUAUGUGUAGUAUGAAAUCUCCAGCCAGGAGUGGUUUUUUGAUGUUGUCGAUUAAGGAGAAGUAUAUAGACCUGGUUGCUUUU